UUUUCUCCUCAGCCGGGUAAUGGCUGCUCCCGAGACCCAGGGGGCUGUUUCCCGGCUAGGCGAAGAAGGUGGUGGGAGCAGCAGCGGAGGCGGGAGUGUAGGUUAUGAGGGUGAGUACGGUGUCCCUGAGGUGCAGGAGGUUUGUCUUCCUUUCUCCAAGAGCGGGAGUGCAGCUGACCGCUGGUCGGACUCUGGCAGCCCUUCAGACAGUGGGGAUUGUAUCCUGGAGCCGCUUUCCCUGCCAGAAAGUCCAGGUGGCACCACCACUCUAGAAGGUUCUCCAUCUGUGCCUUGUAUUUUCUGUGAAGAACAUUUUCCUGUGGCUGAGCAUGACAAACUUCUAAAGCACAUGAUUAUUGAGCAUAAGAUUGUUAUAGCUGACGUCAAGUUGGUUGCUGAUUUCCAAAGGUACAUUUUAUAUUGGAAGAAAAGGUUCACUGAACAGCCCAUCACAGAUUUUUGUAGUGUGAUAAGAAUCAAUUCCACAGCUCCACUUGAAGAACAAGACAAUUACUUUUUGUUAUGUGAUGUUUUACCAGAAGAUAGAGUUCUAAGAGAAGAGCUUCAGAAACAGAAACUGAAAGAAAUUCUGGAACAGCAGCAGCAAGAACGAAAUGAUACCAAUUUUCAUGGCGUUUGUAUGUUUUGUAGUGAGGAAUUUCUUGGAAACAGAUCUCUUCUUUUGAACCACAUGGCUAGAGAACAUGCUUUCAACAUUGGAUUGCCAGACAACAUUGUAAACUGCAAUGAAUUUCUGUGUACAUUACAGAAAAAGCUUGACAAUUUGCAGUGCUUGUACUGUGAGAGGACCUUCAGAGACAAAAAUACACUUAAAGAUCAUAUGAGGAAAAAACAGCAUCGUAGGAUCAAUCCUAAAAACAGAGAAUAUGACCGAUUUUAUGUCAUCAAUUAUUUGGAACUUGGAAAAUCGUGGGAAGAAGUUCAGUUGGAAGAUGAUCGGGAUUUGCUAGACCAUCAGGAAGAUGACUGGUCUGAUUGGGAAGAACAUCCUCUCUCUGCUGUCUGCCUCUUUUGUGAAAAGCAAGCAGAAACAAUCGAGAAAUUAUAUGUCCACAUGGAGGAUGCACACGAAUUUGAUAUCCUCAAAAUAAAGUCAGAACUUGGACUAAACUUCUAUCAGCAAGUGAAACUGGUCAAUUUUAUUCGGAGGCAGGUUCACCAGUGUAAAUGUUAUGGCUGCCAUAUAAAGUUCAAAUCCAAAGCAGACUUAAGGGCUCACAUGGAAGAAGCUAAACACACUUCACUGCUUCCUGAAAGAAAAACGUGGGAUCAGCUACAGUAUUAUUUUCCAACCUAUGAAAAUGACACUCUCCUGUGUACACUGUCUGACAGUGAAAGUGACCUGACAGCUCAGGAACAAAGUGAAAACGUUCCCGUCAUCAGUGAAGAUACGUCUAAACUGCAUGCUUUGAAACAAAGCAGUAUUUUAAACCGGUUGCUACUACAAGAGUGCUUAAAAAACUAGAAGAAACUGCCAUAGAAGCGAUUUUUCAUGUUUUUCUUCUAUGAGACAGAUACAAAAAAAUAGUUUAACUUUGAACAUCAGCAAGGAAUAGUCCUUGGUGAAAUAAAUUUUCAAAAAAUGAAUGUUCCUUUCAAAAAAUAAAGUAGAAAAAUAAAAUGCAGACUUUUUGUAUUUUGGCUAUUAAGUUUUAUUAUGUGAUCAUCUUAAUGAUCUCAUUUUAUUAAACUCAUAACUAUCUAAAAUAAGGAGGACAUGCAAAUAAUAAAGAAAAUGUUCAAAUUAUUUAUGAAGCUGAUUUUAACUGGUAGUUUCAGUCUCUUCCCCACAGGCUUUCUUCAUCCAGUAAGUCACAAAAUUUGACAGUGUGAUUUCUAUACUUUAUUGGUUAAGCUGUAAAUGUGGUGACCAAAAGAGGAGCCACAGAAGAAAGGAAAAAUGGUUGAAGACCUGGAUUAUGCACAGUGGACACUAUUUUAGAAUAAUCAAGAGCUGGCUAUAUUAUCAUUAUUGCUUUCUGCCUAGAGUUGUCAGAUUCCCUAGAAAUGGACAUCAGUCCUGUUAACUUCAGUUUUCCCUGUGAUGUAUAUAUUGCUAACAGAUAAGUAACAUGUUUAAAAAAACAUAACCACAAUACCAUUAUGACACCUAACCAAAUUAACAAUAACUUCUUAAUAUCAUCAGCUUUCAGUUUUCCCCAACCUUUUCAAAAAUGUCUUUUUACACUAUUAUCAGUUAUGGAUCAACUAUUGUGUGCUUCCUGAUAACAUGGCCUGAAGGACAAAAACGUCACUUUUGUGGCUUUCUACCCAAAAUGUAUAACCUGAAUAUAAUGAAACAUCAGCCAAGUUGAACAGUCUAGAAGAUAAUCGGCCUUUAACUUUCAAAAAUGUCAAGAUCAUGAAAAAGACUGAAAAACUGUUCCAAAUUAAAGAGGCCUAAAGAAAGCGCAAUGUGUGAUCCCAGAUUGGAUGCUAGACCAAGAAAAAAAAUGUUUUUGUUUUGCUAUAAAAGACACUAGUGGGACAAGUGGCAAAAUUUGAAUAAGAUCUAUAGUAAAUGUUGUGGUAUUGGUAUUAAUUUCCAGAUCUUGAUGAUUCUGCUGUGGUUAUGUAUGAGAAUGUCCUUGUUCUUAGGAAAUACACAAUGAAGUAUUUAGAGAUAAAGGAGCAUUUUGUUUGAAACUUAUUGUCAAAAAAAUAAUAUGGAUAUAUUUAGAGAAAAUGAUAAAUGUGGUAAGAUGUGAACAUUUAGGGAAUCUAGAUGAAGAGUAUGUGAGAAUUCUUGGUACUGUGGCAACUUUUCUGUAAGUCUGAAAUUAUUUCAAAAUUAAAAAGAUUUUAUUAAUCUUUUUA